UGUAUCAAGCAUUAAUUCUGUGUAUGAUAACAAAUUUAUGUAUAUUUAUAGCUAAUGGUGUGCACUUCUGCACCUGGAAUGGGUAUAGAUGUUCCUAAUAUAGACUUGGUUGUUAAACUUGGUUGCUCACAUACAGCACAUUUGACGAAUUAGUCCAACAGUUUGGAAGGGCUGGAAGACAUGGCAGAAAGGCAAAGGGUAUUGAAUGCUAUGAAAUUUAUGUGAUGCAACAUAAUUUUGGUACAGGUCUUGUUUUUGUGAAGAUAACCUCUAGCAUGCUUUAUUUUGGGGUAAAGAUACAUUGUGUAAGUCAUAUGAUGAGAAAAAACUGCAGUUAUCAAAAUUUCAAGAUGUUUGUAGGUAUGCUUUUGCUCAUCAUCAUUGACGAGAUACCAGCUAGUCCUGUAAACUACUGGAUAAAAGAAUUAAAUCUUCAGGAAAAUGAUUGUUUACAGCUAGAAGGAACCCAUCACCUUUCAGACAAGCAUGUCAUAGCUACUGCUAAACUACUGUCAAAACAAUUCCCAGACAUGCCAAUGAUUCAGUCGUGUUUGUAUACUCAGAAACUAAGUCUCAUUCAGCUGGCUACAAAUGAUUCAUUAUUUUUCCACAACUUUGGGGACCAUUGGGUUACUAGUCAUUUUAUCGAUGGCAUUGCUUUUCUUUAUGACUCCUUCUACACAGAGAUCAUUCACUCAGAGUUAAAGAAGCAGCUCAUUGCCCUCUAUGGAUCUGCUAUGGUAAAAGUACCGUGGUUGGUGAAGCAAAAGGUGAUAAGGAAUGUGCCUGCUUUGCAGUAGCAUACGCAGUAUCUAUUCUUUAUGGAAAUGAUCCUGCUAACAAUAUAUUCGAUCAGUCACACAUGAGACAACACAUGAUUGAAUGUCUCAAAAACAUAUUUUACAUGCCAUUCCCAUC